CUCUCACUGAAAAUUCGAAAUUGGAAGAAACUAAAACUAUAAAAAUGGUGGUCCAGUCGAAGACCUGCCCCUGCAACCCAAUCACUGAACAGACAUUCAUCCCGCCAUUGCUGGACCUCGCCCAGCCCCCGGACGAGGCGCGGCGAGCCGCCCUGGUCCGGGCCUGCGAGGACCUCGGGUUCUUCAAAGUGAUCAACCAUGGCGUCCCCCUCCACGUCAUCCAGUCCCUGGAAUCCCACGCGAAAGCGUUCUUCUCCCACCCCCAGUCCCACAAGUCCCAGGCCUCCCCCACCCCCCCCGACCCCUUCGGCUACGGCCACAAAUCCAUCGGCCUCAACGGCGACGUCGGCUGGCUCGAAUACCUCCUCCUCAACGCCAACUCCUCCCCCGACGACUACCGGAAAUUCUCCCCCAUUUUCCCCGCCGACGCUGCCCGCCAUUUCCGGGGUGUUGUGAAUGAGUAUAUUGGAGCAGUGAAGAAAAUGGCGUGUGAAAUUCUGGAGAUGUUGGCGGAGGGGCUGAAGGUGGAGGAGAGAGACGCCUUCAGCAAGCUGUUAAUGGACGAACAGAACGACUCUGUUUUCCGGCUGAACCAUUACCCGCCAUCAUCGGACGGCGGAGAAGAGCUGAUCGGCUUCGGGGAGCACACCGACCCUCAGAUCAUAUCGGUGCUCAGAUCCAACGACACCUGUGGCCUCCAGAUUUUCCUCAACGAUCACCACCGUUGGAUCUCCAUCCCGCCCGAUCAUAAUUCCUUCUUUAUCAAUGUGGGCGACUCCUUGCAGGUGAUGACGAACGGGAGGUUCAAGAGCGUUCGACAUAGAGUGGUGGCCAACGGGGCGAAAUCAAGGGUGUCGAUGAUAUACUUCGGAGGACCACCUCUUAGCGAAAAGAUCGCCCCGUUGCCGUCAUUAAUCAAAGGGGACGACGACAGCUUGUACAAGGAGUUUACGUGGUUUGAGUACAAGAAAACGGCGUACAAGUCAAGGCUCGCGGACAAUAGGCUCGGCCUAUUUGAGAAGAUCGCGGCCUCUUAAUACUAUACUAUACGAUACUAUGUUACUCUAUACAAUUUAUAGUUAUGCUUUUUUUUUUUACCACAAACUAUAUUAUCAAUUUUAGAUUAAAUUAAGGUUUGCGUUGUGUGUGCCUAUGUUAUGUAUGUAUGUUUCGAUAUAUAUAUAUACAUAUGAAUGUAUCUUGAUCGAUAUAUAUAGGCUUCUUAAUAUAUAUCCACGACUCAAUAAUAUAUACUUCUUCGUUGUGGUGUUA